AUGACUCCAAACCCAUCCUCAAGGCCUCAGAGCCCUCAACACUACGAAUCAGACGAAGCACCUCUCCUCUCCCGCAGCCCCUCACCUCACUCCCCCCCUCCCCCAAAACCACCCGUAUCAUGGUCCUCCCUCCCAAACAAAGGCCAACUCGCCGUGAUCCUCCUCGCGCGUCUCGCAGAACCCCUCAGCGAGCGCUCCCUAGCUUCAUAUCUCUUCUUCCAGCUCCAAUGGUUCAAUCCUGAUAUUGAUCCCUCGGAAAUUCCGAAGCAGAUGGGUUACAUCACUGCUACGUUUGCCGCGGCACAGUGUCUUACGUCUAUGUGGUGGGGGAGAGGAGCUGAUGAUCCGAGACUAGGGAGGAAGCGAGUUUUGCUAAUUGGACUUGGGGGAUCGUCUUUAUCGGCGUUGGGGAUGGGAUUUUCGAGAUCGCUUGGGAUGGCGUUCUUUUUUCGUUUUUGUGCGGGUGCGUUGAAUGGGAAUAUUGGCGUUUUGAGGACCAUGGUUUCUGAAAUCGUUCCUGAGAAACGACACAAAACAAGGGCUUUCCUCCUACUGCCGAUGUGCUUCAACGUCGGAGUCAUCAUCGGGCCUCUCAUGACAGGUUUCAUGGCUGAUCCCGUUCACACGCUCCCUAGCAUCUUUGGUCCAGGUUCGCUCUUUGGAGGAGAGAAGGGCGUGCAAUGGCUUGAGAAAUUCCCUUAUGCACUGCCAAACCUCUUCUGCUUCUCCAUCCUCAUGUCAGCUUUCUUUCUAGUCAUUCUUGGCCUCGAUGAAACACACUCACACCUACGACAUCGCCCAGAUCCUGGGCGCAAACUUGGGAAGCUUCUCCUACGAAUCAUUCUUUGCCGAAAGAAGAAUGAACAUAUUUACAGUUCUAUCAAUACCGAGGAUCCGUCUGAUGAGCUGAUGGAUCAUGAGGCUGAUCAAGAAUCUGGGGAAAGUUCAAGGCCAGCCAAAGCAUACAGCAAGACUCGUCCUCCUUUCCGAGACGUGUUGACUAGGAAUGUCUGUCUGAAUAUGCUUCAGCGCUUUCUACAAUCUCUCCACGUCUCAGCGUUCAACUCCAUCCUAUUCAGUCUUCUGCCCACUCCUAAAUCAGACUCCGCAGACUUCCAUCUACCCUUUCGCUUCACCGGUGGUCUGGGUCUGUCAAGCGAGAGAAUGGGUUUAGCCAACACAAUCAUCGGGACGAUCGGCAUCCCGCUCCAACUCUUCAUAUACCCUCGACUCAUUGGAAAACUUGGCGUCAAGGCUUCAUACAGUGCUUUUCUUCCACUGAGUAUUAUUGCAUACUUCCUCCUACCGUACUUGGUUCUGCUACCAGAUAACAACGCUCUGGUAUGGACUUGUCUGUCUGCGGUUCUGAGUCUACAAGUAUUAUCUCGAACAUUUGUGAACCCUGCUACUAUGAUGCUCGUCAAUGAUUCGGCGCCGAGUCCAAAUUUGCUGGGCACGGUGCAUGGUUUGGCAUCGAGUAUUUCGAGUGCUGCUCGGAUUAUGGGGCCUACUGUUGGUGGAACAUUGCUCGGAUGGGGUCUUGCUCAUAAUCUUGUUGGACUACCUUUAUGGGUGCUGACGAUCUUGGCAUCGGCAAAUUGGGUUAUUUUGUGGUGGAUUGAGGAUGUGAAUAUGUCCGAAUAA